AUCUCUAACGUUUAGUUUUUGCAGUAAAGUGAACAUGGCGAGUCUUGGGGGCCAGCACGAAAAUUAUUCGACUAAUCCAGGAGUGGAAAACACACCCCAAAAGAGACCCGAAAGCCGAGAGGGGAGCGCCGAACGAAAAGUGUCCAAAGAUCGAGAGGAGAAACUAAAAUAUGCACGAGACCGACAAAAUGAGGAGAGACAAAGGAAAAUUGAAGAGCUGCGUGCUCAGGCCGAGGCAGCUCAAAGGUAUCGCGAACAAAAGGAAGAGGAACGACGACGUCGCAUCGAGGAGAUACGGGUCCGUGACACAGAGAAGCGUCAUCAGGUGGAGGAGCGGAAAAAAGCCAUAAUUGAGGCCGAGAAAGAGCGACGCGAAUAUAUACUGAAAAAGAAUCUGGAACGAGAAUCGCGAAUAGAGACAAAGAAAAGGGAUAGAAACUCUAUAGUGUUUGCUUUCGGUUCAUCAACGCCACGUUUACUGGAUGUGCCUGCGGAUUAUGGUUUGGUAUCGCCCAGUGCCUUUUGGGGCCAGAGAAGAUCAACAUCAAUAUCGAAUGUUGCAGCGGGCGCCUCGCUCUCACGUCGAAGUUCAGAGCGUGAACUUGCCGAUAGUGGUGCAAAGAAGCGUGCUUCAUCAUCCACGGACAGACAUGAUGAUCAUCGACGCAAAUCUUCGUCCAUGUAUGAGGUAUUCAAUUGGGGCUAUUCCAAUGAUGAGCCGCCAAAGCGGUAUUCGUUAUCAAUAGCGAGCAGUGAGAUAAAUAUUGAUGGGCCAGCUCCACCCAAUUCAAAUUCAAAACAUAUUACAACAACCGCGCACAGACAAAAUAAUAAUAAUAAUAGUACUCCAAUAACAACAACAACAACAAAUGCUGCAAGCCAACACCACUACAACAACAACAACAACAGCAAUCAUAACUCGUAUCGUAAGGAAGAUAUCGUUGACACAUCACCCAUCGUGUUCCGAAGCGUUUACCGCAGGAAAACGGACCUUAUGCCAACAAUACCCAGCCCCCGAGACGGGCAUUAUGGUUCGCGCAGCUCAUUGAGCACCACGCCAGCCAGAACCCCAGGACGUGCCUACUCGAUGAAUCGACUGGAUCAACUGGCCCAGCCAAUACGACGCAAUGGCGAGCAUGUUCGUGCCAUUCUGGAACGGGAGCGACGUGAACGUGAACUGGAGAUGCUGGACGAGACGUCCUCGCUGGGCGGCGGUGUCGGUCGGCGAAAUGCCGCCGGUUCACGCUCCAAGCGGGCGGGCAGUGCUGGUGGCAGUGGAACAAACAGUGCCACUGGUAACAUGUCGCGCAGCAUGACCCAUUUAGCGGGCACCACACAUCGGGAGCGUGGAAAAUAUUCAUUGGGCGGCGGCAUUUCGACCAGUUUCCGGCCAUUGGGCAGUACUGGGCAACGUGACUCCAGUAAGAGCAUGACACAGAUUAGUUCUUCGUGGUCAACAUAUGGCACUACACCAACAAUUUACAACCACCAAUACCAAUACCACAACAACCACCACCACCACCACAACCACAACCAACCACAACGCCAAUCCAAUCUUGGCUUACAAACUGCCGCAACUAAAAAAUAUCUUCAAUCAUCAUUUGCCUCAUCUUCCGCAUCCUUCUACUCGAACGCGACUAGGCGUGGCGGCCAGCAACAAUAUGCGACUUCUACUACUAACCCCUAUCGUUAUCUCGAUCUCGAUCCAAACUCAUUGUUGCUCAUGAACUCUUCUAGUUUGUUAGUGAAUGCAGGCUCGCGAUCGGGCAAUGCCACACCAGGCGGACAUUUCAAUAACUCAAGGCCCGGCAGCGCCAUGUCCACCUCCACAACAAUGUCCACAUCAGGAUUAGUGCCCAGACGACCGGCAACAGCGCCACGUAAACCCAGACCAGCAAGUAUUGCCGGCACUGGUAUGUCCCUUGAAGAGAUAAACAAACUAAAGAAGGAUCAGAAGCCGCCGGUGAAAACAACAGCCGCUUCGCCAUCUGCACAAACGACCCCCAAACGAACUGCAAACCUAAUGUCCACCUCCUUAAUUGUGACCUCUAGCUCAUCACGUUUGAGCAGCGCCGAAAAGAAGACGCCCUCAAAGCGGGAUUCUCCAAUGGUGCCGAAGGCUGCAUCUGCUUCAAAAGCUCUUCCGAAUCGUACAGCCAGCUCGGAGCGCAUUAGCAGGCAUGCCAAGGAGUCAAAAACCAAGGAUACCUCUGCAAUGACCAGAUCCAUGAUUGUCACCAAUAGCAAUAGCAGCAUUAGCAGCACCAAUACCACAACAAUCACCACUACCACAACAGCCACAACUAGCAGCACUCUGACACCACCAGCUCUAGCGUCAGCUCCAGCUCCAGCAUCAGAAACAGCUCCUUAUGUUCCUGAUCAAAAUGGUGUGGAAAAGGUGUUAGCUGCUGACGAGAUUCCUGUAGAUAAUUCAGCGGAUGUAACAGUUGCAGCAGUUAAAGCUCCUAUUACGGCUGUUAGCAAGGCAGAAAAAGAGGCUCUGAAUUCGGUAAAAACUGAAGAAGUAGCUCAGCAGGUGGCGCAGGCUGUCGAACCGAUAGCCACUGACCCGAUACCAGCUGCUGCUGUUUCCGCAGUCACCGCCAAUGUGGAGGAGAAAGCAGAUGAGGGCACUGAGAAAGAGGAGCUGGCAGCCCCCAAACCACAGCCGCCUCAAGAGCAAACGGCUCCCAAGAAGCCAUCGCGCAGCAAGGAAAACUCUGAAGUGCGUGAGCUCACGCCGCCUGCACCCAAUGCUGGUCCUGAUGGCAACGAUCUGAUGACGGCAUCAAUGAUAGCCAAAAAAAUCACGACCGAGGAGGAGGCAAAGGCCGCCUUGGCCGAGAGACGACGCCUGGCCCGCGAGGAGGCCGAACGACAGGCGGAAUUGGAGCGCCAACGACUCGAGGCCGAACGUCUGGCCGAACUGAAAGCCCAAGAAGAAGAGGCCGAACGACAGCGUCUAUUCGAAGAGGAGUCAACACGCCUGGCUGAAGAACAGCGACGUGGCGAGGAGGAACGUUUACGCAAGGCCAUCGAGGAAGCUCAACAGAGGGAAGCGGAGGAACAACAGAAACGCGAAGAAGAGGAACGGCAGAGAGUAGAGCGUGAGGAGGCUGAAAAGAAGGCCAAAGAGGAAGCCGAGAAGCAGCGUGUGGAGGUAGCUGAACGUCUCAAGCGUGAGGAGAAGGAACGGGAAGAGCGGCGUAAACGCGUAGAAGCUAUCAUGUCCCGUACACGCAAGGGUGGGGCUGCAGCCACUCCUUCCAAGGAAUCCAACGAUAGUUCCAAGGCAGCUGCGACAGAAGGUCCCAAAGAGGCCAAUCCCACAGGUGGCAGCACCAGCAGCAGUAGCGAAAGUAACAGCGGCAGCAGCAACAACUCCACUGGUGGUUCACCCAGCACUCCAGCAGUUACACCUUCAGUGACAGCUGACUCCGCCUCGGAGCCACCCAACAGCCAGGCCAUGUAUGAGCAGUCGGUGGUAGAUAAAGAGAACUCGCUGAUCAAUAGCUUCUCCACAAUGAUCAUCGACGAAAAUGCCAAGAACCUGCAGCAGCAGCAGGUGAGCAAUGGCAAGCUCUUGGCGGAGUUUACCACCAACACUCCAGCAGUGGCCAAUGGCAAUGGCCACAUUGAGAAUGUGAAUAACAAAAAUGACAUCAACCUGCUGCAGGAUACAGUGACUCCGACCGCCACGCAGCUGAUCGAUCUGAGCAUUGAGUCACAACAAGAUCUGCACCUGAACAAUAACAACAGCUUGCUGACGAGCACAGCGGCAACCACCACGCUAGUCACUGCUGAUAGUCACGAGAAUAAAGAUAUAUCGUUGCUGUGAAUUGGAAGAGGAAACCAAACAUGAUUGUUUUCUAAAUCUAAAUCUUGAUAUAGCUAAAUGUGUGUGGAGUAUUUAUUUAUAGGAGCAUGAAUAAGGAAUGUGGAGACAAACUAUGGUUACUACUACAAAACAACAAAAAUCGAAAAGAAAAACAGGAAAACAUAAAAGUUUAUAUAUAUGUAUGUGUACACAUAUGAAAAACAAAGUCCCAACUAUAUAUGUAUAUAUAUAUAUAUAUAUAUACUAUAC